AUGGGGCGCUACUACUCCUCCUAUACUGUUCUUGCCGCUGUAAUUCCUUUUCUUCUACAAAUCUCAAACUUCUGCUGCUGUGCAACCUGCAUAGAAGCAGAAAGAUUGGCGCUUCUGCAGUUCAAAGACAGCCUUUCCGGCAACCUCAAUCGGCUCGCUUCGUGGACGGGCAAUGACUGCUGCAAAUGGGAAGGAGUUAGCUGCAACAACAGCACUGGAAAUGUUGUCAUGCUUGACCUCCAAAACUCUGUCUAUCCAGAUUUGUUUGGAUACAUCCUUGAAGUUUCCGACCAGUUGAAAGCCAACGCUGUCGACCCUUCUUUGCUGGAGUUGAAAUAUUUGGAGCACCUGGAUUUGAGCUGGAACGAUUUCAUGGGAAGCCAAAUUCCCACUUUCUUUGGCUCAAUGCAAAGACUGAGAUAUCUUAAUCUUUCGAAUGCGCGGUUUAACGGGGUUGUUCCUGAUGAACUUGGUGAUCUGUCUGGGCUGCAUGCUCUUGAUCUUAGCAGUGGUGCAAGCGAAUACGAGUUUCAGCUAUCUGCCAGCAACCUCCAAUGGCUUUCCCGUCUUCCAUCUCUGGAAAUCCUUGACAUGAGCUGGAUGAACCUCCAGAACGCCUCUGACAUUGUUCAGGUACUCAACAAGCUUACCCUUUUGGCUGAUUUACGUUUGUCAUCGUGUGGACUUGGUGAUGGUGAUCAUCAUGUUAAUAUGUUCCACGAUUAUGUCAAUUCCACGCUUCUUCAACACUUUGACAUUAGUGUAAACGCACUGCAAGGUCCUAUUCCUGAUAAUAUCAAGCACAUGCGUGCGCUGAAAGUCCUUGAUCUUUCAGCCAAUGUCUUUGGUUUUACAAUUCCUCCUUGGUUGACUAGCCUGGAAAGACUUGUGCAUCUCAAUCUUGGCAAUAAUAAUUUGACAGGCGAAAUUCCAAAUGGUUUGGGGAAUCUCAGUUCUCUUGUAGUCCUAGACCUGUCGUUUAAUUCAUUAGAGGGAGGCAUACCAAGUUCUUUGUGGAAUCUUUGUAGCUUGGAAGUGUUAGAUUUAACCAUGAACAGAUUAAACGAAACAAUAGCAGAGCCUUCUAAAGAUGCAUCUGGGUGCAUAGGGAGCAGUCUAGAGAAACUGAGUUUGAGAUGGAACAGAGUUAGAAGUCCUUUGCCUGAUUGGUUUUCACAAUUUUCGAACCUAAAAAUCCUUGAUCUUGCCAACAACUCAUUCUUUGGUCCCAUUCCAGAAUCAUAUGGGGCAUUGACAAAGUUGAGAAUGUUGGAUUUUUCUCGUAAUCAUCUCAAUGGAACAGUUCCAGAAUCAUUUGGGCAACUUUCGCUGCUUGAGAAAUUACUCAUGAACACCAAUUUCUUGCAAGGAACCAUGACAGAAGCCCACCUUGCCAACCUCUCAAGAUUAGAAGAAUUUGACAUUGGUGUCAACUCUUUGGCUUUGAGAAUAAAAUCAGACUGGUUGCCCCCAUUUCAAGUCAAUUACAUAAACAUGAGAUCUUGCAAUAUUGGGCCUCAAUUUCCACCUUGGCUCCGGAUGCAGAAAAGAGUCAUUACCUUAUCAGGGGCAAACUGCCCACAUUUUCCAAACCAGAUUCUUUCUACAUGA